ACUGUGCGCAGGCCCGUGGCGCCGAGUCGACAACUAAUGAUCAGUGCUGCCUUGUCUGUCGCCCGUGUCUAACGCGAACUGUGUUUGUAACUAGUGUUUGUUUAGUUUCGACAGUUUAAAUAAACCUUGAAGAUGGCUGACAGCCUUAAGAGAAACAUCCCCAUCAAGCUCGGUGACUUUUCAGUCAUCGACACGGAAUUCUCCAGCAUUAGGGAGAGAUUCGACGCCGAAAUGAGGAAGAUGGAAGAAGAGAUGAGCAAAUUCAGAUCGGAACUCAUGAACAGAGAGAGCAACAACUUCUUCAAGAGCACAACAAGGUCUUACAACUUUGAAUCUGUUUCCUCCGGAGGAGUAACCAAGUCUUCAGAGAGCUCCACCACAUCUUCACAGCACAGUGACAGCCGACAGCUGGCCGAGCCCAGCCACUGGGACAGCAUGAACUCGCCCCUCAUCCAGGACCAGGGCGAUGGCAAGUCCCUGAAGCUCCGCUUCGACGUCAGCCAGUACACGCCAGAGGAAAUCGUCGUUAAGACGGUCGACAACAAAUUGCUUGUCCACGCGAAACACGAGGAGAAGUCAGACACAAAGUCGGUGUACAGGGAGUACAACAGAGAGUUCCUGCUGCCGAAGGGGACCAACCCCGAGGCCAUCAAGUCCUCGCUGUCCCGAGACGGCGUGCUGACCGUGGAAGCGCCGCUGCCGCAGCUGGCCAUCACUGACAGGAGCAUCCCCAUCCAGAAGCACUGAGUUCCAUCUAGCUAGCGGUUCAGCUUGAAAGCAGCUAUUCCAUACAUACUGUUAAUUAUUUAUUAUAAUUUACGUAAUACAAAUUAUUUAAGGAUACGAAAUUUUUAGUUACUUAUGAAUCUUUAGAGAAUCUCUGUUAACACUAUUAAUGAGUAUUUUAUCGUGCUUAGCCGGCCUUGUCCGGGGCACAGUUCUCACUGAUAUUGCUUUCACUGUGAUUGUUAGGAGUCUCGCAUUCGUGCAAUGAAUUUUGAAUUGUUCUAUAGAAUUUUGAAGUGUUAUUGUGUAACUUAAAUUAAGCAGUUGUUGUGAACCCCGUAAUUGAUGUAAGGAGCUUAAAAGUGUUCAUUUUACACUGCUGUUCUGCCGACAAAUUCCGACUUUCUUGGUCAAACAUGUAUCUAACUGAUAAAAUUAAUAAAAUAAAAAUAAAGUAAAACAACGACGGUAUUACAAAGUGUCUUUAUACAACAAAUAUACAAGUCCAUAUUCUUAACAUUAACGAGCCAUAACAAGCAUGUUUAAAAUACAACAAUUCAAAAGCUUUUAUGACGUACACGUUUAUAACUUAGUACAAACAGUUGUUUAUGAAUGUUUUAGAUGUCAAUAAAACAUUUAAAAUAAA